AUGAAGCCCGUGGACAAAGUCCAUGCGGCCACUGUCUUCAUCUUUCUGGUGGUCUCCGUCCUCUGUUUCUUCUUCUACCAGCAGUACAGCGCCGUUCCCUCCGCCACAGACUGGGUGGUGGGUUUCAUGGAGGAGCAGAGGCUGGCGGAGGACUCAAAUGAGAAGCCGCCGGAGGCCUUGGAGGAGAGGCCGCCGGAGGCCUUGAAGGAGAGGCCGCUGGAGGCCUUGAAGGAGGAGGGGCGGGGGAACGGGCCGUGCGAUCUCUUCGAGGGGAAGUGGGUGUGGGACGAAAGCUACCCGCUGUAUAAUUCCACAGACUGCCCGUUUAUAGACGGCGGGUUUCGCUGCGAGGAGAAUGGUCGACCGGACAACAACUAUACCAAGUGGCGAUGGCAGCCUGCCCACUGCGACAUGCCCAGGUUCUCACCUCUCUCUCUCUUUCUCUCUCUCUCUCUCUCUCUCUCUCUACUCACGAGUGUGGUUUCUGGGUGGGUCGGGGAAGGUUCGAUGCGAGGGGGAUGCUGGAGAGGCUGCGGGGCCGGCGAGUGGCUUUCGUGGGGGACUCGAUCGGAAGGAACCAGUGGGAAUCCCUCCUCUGUCUUCUCUCCUCCGCCGUCGCUGACAAGAGCUCCAUCUACGAGGUCAACGGGAGCCCCAUCACCAAGCACAGAGGGUUCCUCUCCUUCAUGUUCCGCACCUUCAACUGCACCGUCGAGUACUACCGUGCGCCGUUCCUCGUCGCCCAGAGCCGCCCGCCGCCGCGCUCGCCGGGGAAGGUCAGAGCCACGUUGAGGCUGGAUUUCAUGGACUGGAGCUCAUCCCGGUGGCGCACCGCCGACGUCAUCGUCUUCAACUCCGGCCACUGGUGGAACUACGAAAAGACCCUUCGCAGGUACCUCUCUCUCUCUCUCUCUCUCUCUAGGAUUGUCCAAGAAAAUUUUAAAACCCACAUACCAGAAAAGGAAAAUUAAAUGCGUUCGGAGAUAAUCGCUUGGGGAAGAAAAUAAGGCAAAUUUGCGAAUUAUGGCAAGAAACAGGAGGACUAAGUUAAUCGGGUAUGAAGGUUUUUUUUUAACCCGCCAAAUCCUGUUUCGGCAGCGGGUACUAUUUCCAGGUGGGGAAUCGGGUGAAAAUGGAGAUGACAAUGGAGCAGGCAUACCGGAAGUCAAUCGAGACCUUACUCGAUUGGGUGGGGAGAGACGUCAACCCCCGUAAAACGCUCGUCGUCCUCCGCAGCUACGCGCCGAUCCAUUUCAGGUAACCAAUCGAUCACUCAAUCAUUCCGAAACUCGCUGCACAAAAGCUGCGUUCCCCCAACCUCCUCCGUUAGCGCCGGCGGUGUAAAUCCCCCACAGGAGCGGCGACUGGAAGAAAGGAGGGAGCUGCCACAAGGAGACGCUCCCAGAUUUGGAAGGUCCGCCGCCGGCCGAGGCGGAGCACUGGGCUCUCCGGGUCGCCGGAGAGGUGAUCUCUGAGAGGGCCCGGCGCCGCCGCCGCCACCGCCCGCCGGUGGAGGUUUUGAACGUCACCCAGUUGACCGCCCGUCGGCGUGACGGGCACGCCUCCGUGUACAACCUCGGCCCGGGGAAGGCGGCGCCGCUGCACCGGCAGGACUGCAGCCACUGGUGCCUCCCUGGAGUCCCCGACACCUGGAACGAGCUCCUCCACGCCGUCUUCCUCAGAUGGGAUCUCAAGAACCACCACUCCCUAACACCUGCGGGAGGUUGA